CAUUCGUCGGGCAAGGUUCAGCCGUGCGUUCGGAGAUAUUCGCGUACGGAUUCCGAAAUCCCUGGAGGUGCGCCGUCUACCGAACGGACACGGAAGGACCACGAGCAGAUGGCGUGAGCCUCCUGUGUGGCGACACUGGCGUCGAACCGGACCGCCUUGAAGAAGAGGUCUUCCUGGUGCAGAGUGGAUACCGCUACGGCUGGACCGAUCUCAACAGAGCACCGUGCCUGUCACACGACGCCUGCGCGGGAACCGGUCCCAAUGGUAUGGUGAAAGACGAUCUCCCCGUGUUCCGGUACACACGGGAACAAGGACAGGCCAUCGUCGGAGGCAUCGUGUACCGGGGCAACGCGUUGGAUUCCACUCUGCGAGGGAAGUUCAUCUAUGCGGAUUUUGUGCACGGUUCACUGCACGCUCUGCAGCCGGGGACACCGGGACAGCGGUCUUGGUCGUCGGAAGACAUCUGCUUGAAGCCGUGCGACGAAUCCGAGGACGCUUUCUCGUCUUUCUACGUCCUGGGGAUAGCAACGGACAGCGUAGGCGAACCGCUCAUCAUGACAACAACGGAUUUGCGAAACGACGCGCCAGCUGGAGUCAUCUACCGACUGGAAACGCCCCACUGUAACUCGACUUGGAAAGACCCAGGUGUGACUUUGUUACUCGUUAUUUUGAUAAAGAACGAAUAA